UGAUAAGAAAUGGAUAGUGGACAACUUUUCCAGUUGUAUUCAGAGCAGGCUGUUGUCUGGUGAGAUGUUGGCGCUGCGUUUCAAGCCUCAGCCUGUAGGAGGCGCUGCGGAAUUUCCUCACUUCUAUUUUUUUCUCGCAGCUUCAUCAGUAAAUGCGAUUCAGGCUUUGGCAAGUCCGGACCUGUCACUUUUUGCAGCGGAGGCCGCCCUCUUCACCCUCCAUCCAUCUCUCCAUCCAUCCCUCCAUCCAGAGCGGAGCCUGCAUGGUGCAGCACCUCCUUCCCAAUUUGCACUGCACACACGCUCCUGCUGUUCGUCCGGCAUGCAGCCCGGCUGAUCGUUCGCUCGGCCCGGUUUGUGUGCGUUUUUCCUGCAUGGAGGAGUAGUCAGGUCGGGGAUCCACCGCCCCGCAGGCUGCCGGAGCUGCACACCGACGGGGAUACACCCAGCGCGGGGAGGAAACCGCUGAAAAUGCUCGGCGUUUCGGGCUCAGGAGGCUCCUUUUGCCGUCAUGUGAGCGCGGACGAGGCGCGUCAACCUGUCGGGGGUGAAGGUGAAAGCAUGUGGCUGGGUGGUGCUCCCUAGCCUCCCCUGUUCCUCGCCUCCCACCUGAUCACCUGUCCUCCUCUCUCCGUCCCCGUCUCCUCCCCCGUUCACCAUGACGACCACCGUGGAGACGCUGCUGGCCCAUCCCGACCAGGAGCUGAGCCCCGAGCGACUGGACGGCUGCGACGAGGCCGCUGGCCGCUAUAAGGUGGUUCCCUCCAUCGUCUGCUCCAUGUGCUGUCUCUUCGGCAUCGUUUACUGCUUCUUUGGCUAUCGCUGCUUCAAAGCGGUGAUGUUCCUGACGGGCCUGAUGUUUGGCUCCGUCGUCAUCUUCAUGCUCUGCUACAAGGAGCGCGUUCUGGACACCCAGCUGAGCGUGGAGGCCUCGGUGGGCAUCGGCCUCGGCAUCGGCACGCUCUGCGGCUUGGUCACCAUGCUGGUUCGCAGCGUGGGCCUCUUCAUGGUGGGCCUGCUGCUCGGCCUGCUGGUGGCCGUGGCCACCCUGGUGGGCAUGGAGGAGCUUUCCGACAGCCCGCCACGCUCUGUCUGGGUGCCUCUGGGCGUGCUGCUUGGCCUGGGCAUGCUGUUCGCCGUGCUCACCCUGCAGUGGCAGCGCCUCUUCACCACGCUGUCCACUGCGGUGUUUGGCGCAGCAGUCAUCACUGUGGCGCUGGACUACUUCGUGGAGCUCUUCGCCCUCGUGCUGUACAUGUACGAGCGAAUGAAGGCGGCGCCUGGAAAGCCGGUGUGCUGGCUGACGUGGGUGGUGCUCGGGGUGUGGCCUGCCCUCACCCUGCUGGGUGUCAUCGUCCAGUGGAAAGUGACCGCCGAGGGAUACUCCCACACCAAGGUCAUCAUCAGCCGGCAGCAGAGGAGGAUGCAGGUGAUGCGGAUUCGUCAGCGGGACGACCGCUAUCGCAAGAAGAAGAAGAAGCAGCACAGCUCCUCCCACCACCACCAUCAGGCCAAGCAGCUCCACGCCGAGCCCGCCUACCGCCGCAAACCCAACCCCAUCCGCCGCUACGACACAGACGUCCUCUCGCCGAGUUACAUCCAGAGUUUCCGAGAUCGGCAGGUGCAGGCACAGCCCUACCCGGGCCGGCUGGUCGGCGCACCCAACACCGUGGUGGACGUGGGCUACGACUGUGGCUCGGCGACACCCCUCACUGGAGCUGCAGGACCGUCACUACGGGUCUGACCCCCCCUCCUUCACCUCCCAGACACCUGAAAGCCACUUUACCAGGGAGACACGUGACUCUACAGUCACUACGACAAACCACCACCGGGUUUAAAUGCAAAGAUUCUGGGUUCAAACGUUGUCUGGGUUUAGCCACAUCCCAAAAAGGAUAAAAAUAUAUUUAGGGCUGGAUUUGCCCAGAAUGCAAAAUAUGUUUGACCCUUUACAGAGUAAAUUUUGGAUCAUAAAGCUCUGCUCUCCUCGUGACCACCAGUGGAUCCAUCAGAGUGCUGCAGAGGUUUGGUCUGCCUGUUUUCACUCUUUCUGUAGAUUCAAAUGCACAAAAGCAUGCAUGCACUUAGACAAACACAAAACGCAGCUACAAUCUUAAAGGUCGACGUGGAAACCCGAAGCUGUACCUGCCGUACUCGGCGCCGGCCUGUACGUCACCAUCUCAAACCGAUCAGGGAUCGCAGUUUCAGUGCAAACCCGCCUCAGGUUCAAACACAGGCAUUGUAUGAAAAAUCAAAGUACAACUUCGUCCACAUUCAGCGUGCUGUUUCUACUGCUGUUUUUCCACUGAUGCUGCAGAAGCAACUCGUUCCUCAGCCCGAAGGCAUCUUAAAAGUCCACCGACCAUCAUCUAUAACGGGGAGUGUAGGCCCUCAAAUGCAAACUGUGAUCUUUUAUUUACUUUGUGUGCCAUCUGGACUACGAAAGUCGUCCCUGAAAUGACGAGAGACGUCUAAAUGUCGUUUUUAAAGGGGGAAACCCUUCGUCACCCUUGGUGCUGGACGACACACUUCUUUAAGAGUCAGACUACUCUCCGACGGACGGGGAGUCUGUUCCUAACGGGUGCCUUGCCCCUCUGUGGACUGUACCACUCAGCAACAGGAGGGGGGUUACUGGCAGAUCUCCUAUGGAAGGCUGGUCUUCAACAGGUAGCCAUGGAGCUACGAUAAGCAGGGUAAAAAUAAUACUGGAGUGGAGUUGGCUUGUUGUCUUCACAGAUGCCUGGAUAUGUGAGGAGGACAUUUACACUGGCACCUCACCUGAGAGAUGAUUUACGCUGCUAAGCAAAGCUGUGAUGAUUUCAUUCCUUAAGAACGGCUUUCGUUAUCCGCCUGAGUGUAAAACUGUCAGUUCGCUGCGGCAGAACAUCACAAUUUAGUCAUCGUCAUUCAAAAUUAAAAGUCAAGCUGAACUUAAAAUGCUAUUUGCUAAGGGAUCAGUGAGGUCUUUAUUCGAGUUUAUGUUACUUUACAGGACGGGGGGACUGGGGUUUUCGUUCAGCUUUAAAGUCCCCAUGACAGUGAAGGCGGCGGGCAGUUGGGGUCCAUUAGGAAGCUCAGUGAACCACCCGAGUGCUGGUCUCGGUCCCUCCCGAGCCCGGCACACCUGACGGCACCAAGCCGCUGAAAGUGAAAGGUUAGCAGAGCAGGUCAGGCUGAGAUGCCAGUGUGAGUGGAGGAAGUGGACUCGUGGCCACUCGGAGCAGCUUCUCCUUCCAUCAUGUGCAUUGAUUUUCCUGAUUUGGGACAGCAGAACAUUUUGUCACCAGUGAAAAUGUGAAUACUUUGUUGUCGUCUUUGCCUUUUUUUUCUAAAGGAAAAGCAGGAAGCAAAGGGAAGCUGGGGAGAGUGUGUGCUCGUUUUUAUUCACCUGUGGGAAUCCGAAGUGCAUGCGCUCACCUGUCCCGCCACGCCCUCCGCCCCCUCAUGUGCAUCGGUGUGAAAUUUGUACAUAAAACACAACACUUAAUAACGUUUUUUUUUUUGUUGUUGUUGUUGUUAUUUUUACCAGUUUAUCAAUUAAUUUAAACCUUCUUUUUCAUUUCUUUGAAUUUAAUUUAAUCGGGACGUGUUCUUUUUCUGUGUAUUUAUUUGCUGAUUUAUUUAUUUCUCGAGCGGUUGCGAUUCCAUGUCUUCACUGUAGGCCGGUAACUCCAUGCUGUCUUUUGUUUUUCAGAAACUGAGUUAUGACUAUGAUAAUUAAAGCAUGUGUUCCUACGGGCCUGGACUCCA